AGAAAGCAAUGGUAAUCACACCUCAAGCAGGUCUCUUCGACUCAAAUUUGGUGCAGGGUUUAGCCAUUGAAAUACUUCUGAUCUUACCCACUCCAACUCCCUUCACCCAAAUGAUUCGAGUAGACUUCAAUCAGCGAUACACAGGUGAGCUACGAUUUUACUACUUGAAUGAAAUAUUAACCUAUAUCCUCACCUUCAGAGUUAUUCUGUUGAUAAAUAUUACACUUAAAUUUUCGUCCUUUUACAGCAGUCAAAUUGGCAGAUUGUGGUUCAAAUAUUUAUUCUAAUAUUUAGUCGUCUCUACUCUACUGAUUUUGACACUCACUUGGUGUUCAAGUUGUGCAUGAAGGAUCUCCCUGGUUACACACUCAUGGGGUUGUUCAUCACUGGAAUGCUUCUCUUUGGCUACAGCAUGGAGAUCGCUGAGAGAUCUCUAUAAAGGAACGAGGUGCAACAACAUAGUGUGUACAGUGUAAUGACCUCUAUGUGGGUCACUCUCACCACCAUUGCCACUGUCGGAUAUGGCGAGUUCUAUCCGACUACUGAUUUGGGUCGUAUCUCGAUGGCCAUCUGUGUGUUCUGGGGAGUGUCGUACACUUCCCUCUUUACAGCAAUGCUGGAUUCAAUGUUCGAGAGGAUGAAUUGUGAGGAGAUGGUCUGGGCCUUGUUGGAAAAGACCAGCGUCACCAACGUCAUGAAAUAAUUCAGUCAGGAUUUGAUUGUGAGGAUCCAAAAGAUGAAAAUUAAAAAAUUACAACAUAAUAACAUACACCUUAUUCAGGACUCUAUCAAUGCUCUCAAGUAGAUGAAGAGGUAAUACAGGAAUAUUGAUGGCGAAGACUCCAUGUCAAAAGCGAAACGAAAGUUCAAGGACAUCAAUUUCAUGUUCCAAGAGUACUACCUCUUNCUUCAUAUUAUGCAUGAAUUACCUCUUUGAGCUGGGUCUGUUUCUUCGAAUUGGUUUUGACUUUUGGCUUUGGCCAGCAAUCGCUUGGGUUUGAAGGUGGAGGCAGUAGAUUAAGUUACUUUUUUCAUGGGGGAUUAUAAAUAUUAAUAAUGUCUCAGGAUGUAGAGAUAACAAAACAGAAGACUCCCUCUUUGAGCAAAAAAUGGAGAGUUAAAAGACAAGGGUCAAUUUUGUCAGACUCACAGAGUACAUUUGAGGACAGCAGGAUCACAUUACUAUUGUUUGAACAGUAUCGAAUAGUGGAGAUGACGAGGUUUUGUGUGAUAUUCGGGACUCAAAUCAUAGCGAUAAUGGAAGUAUGAG